AUGUCCAUAGACAAGGAGGGCGCCUCCGUCCAUACGACGGUCACAACCGACUUGGACGAGAAGCAUGGCUUUCACAGCGUCAGUGUGCAGACCGCGUCUGCACCGGACGAAUUGGACCAGCGGUACGCGGACAUGUUCAAGCGACAUGGCCGGACUGACCUCAUCCCUAUGCCAAGCGACUCGCCAGUAGACCCACUUAACUGGCCUGCGUGGAGGAAGAAUGUGUUACUCGCUAUCGUCGCGUUCCACACGAUGAUAGGACCACUUGGGGCAGCCAUCCUGAUCCCUGCUUUCGACGAGCUCGUGGUAGACUUGGGCAUCACCCUCGCACAGGCGCCCUACCUCGUCUCAAUCCAGAUUCUGUUCAUGGCCAUCGCUCCUAUCCUCAUCUCGCCCUUAUCUUCGCGCAUAGGACGGCGCCCGAUCUACCUUGUCUCCGCCUUCUUCUCUGCCAGCUUGGCGCUCGCAGGAGCUUUCACGCAGAGAUGGGGCAGCCUCAUCACGACGCGUAUUUUCCAGGCAAUCGUGGUCAGUCCCCCGCUGAGCAUUGGUGCGCAGAGCGUGCACGAUACGACUUUUGCACAUGAGAGGGGCAAGAAAAUGGGCGUGUGGGUGCUCAUGGUCGCGACUGGGCCUGUCAUCGGUCCUCUAAUGUCCGGAUAUCUCGUCCAAUACUAUUCCUGGCGCUCGGCUCUAUAUCUCCUGGCUGGUAUGAACCUGCUCAUUUUCUUCUUGCAUCUCUUCUUCGCACCCGAGACGCUCUUUCCUUCUCGCACCUCGCCCGGGACACCCUACUCGGAAGAUGAAGUGUGUUUGCGCUCCAGCUGGCGGGCGUACACGCGGUUCAAAGUGUAUGAUCGGACACCAUUCCGAGCGAGGGAGUUCUACGGCUGGCUCGGGAUGUUUGGCAGGCCGGGCGUUGUGCUUACAACUUUGGCGUAUGCCAUGACGCUCAUGUACACGGUCGCGCUGAUGACGAUAUUCGUUCCCCAAGUAUUUGGCGCCGUGUUCAGCCUCACUCCUGGUCAAAUCGGCCUCCAAUUCAUCGCGCUGCUCAUCGGUGCCGCCCUCGGCGAACUCGUUGCUGGCCCGAGCAGCGAUGCGUUCGUCAACUGGCGCGCUCGUUCGCGCCUCCGCACUCUCCGUUCCCAGUCUUCUACACAUAAUAUAUCAAGCGAGCAGAACGAGACAGUGAAGUCGGCAGUGUGGCACCCCGAGGACCGGCUUAUUCUCGCUCCACCCGGGUUUAUCCUUGCUAUCGUCGGACUGAUGAUUUGGGGCGUGCGAUUGCAGGAGGCGAGGGCUGGGGUGUGGAAUGUCACGCCUGACAUCGGCGCAGCGAUCGCACUGUUCGGCGCCCAGUUCGGGACGACGAUGUGCGUCACGUACACCGUCGAGAGCGUGAGCCACUCUGGUGUCUUGGUCAUCACAGACGGCGAGGAACAAAGCGAGCACGACGACGCUGUGAGGGAAGAGCGCACUGCGGAGAUAGGGGUAUUUAUCGGCUUUGUGAGGCAUAUGUAUGCUUUCGCCUCACCCUUCUACCUCUCUGGUGCGUACACCAAGAUGGGUGACACCCGUGCCUCGGGGCUCUUUGCGGGCCUGAUAGGCGUCGCGAUGAUGAUGGUGAUCGCGUGCAUUGUUUGGGGGCGCAAGUGGAGGACAUGGAAGCAUGCGCAAUCCUAA